AUGCGAAAGGCUUUCUAUGAUCUGGGAGACAAAUACCUGGGGGAUAACAAUUAUUGCGCUAAGCGUAUCACCCUGACCUGGGACUUGAACACAGUCAGCAAGCGUGGUGUGAAGCGCGACAUCGACGACGCCUGCACCCUCCCUGGAGACGGUGGUGAUGAUGGCGGCGAUGGCGGCGGAGAUGGCGGUAGUGAUGGAGGCAGCCCCGACCCUACGCACCGCGUCAUCCUCGUGCUCGAACACGAGGCCGGCUCAUUCAGCCCCAACCGUUGGGGUGUCUUUAACUCCGGCAUGAAAGACGAGUAG